GACCUUGCCGAAGUUGAUUCUGCACCGGCCCAUGCCCAGGUGCCUCUCACAGAUGAAGAUUGCUCAUGGAACUUUCGCAAAGCUCGAUGCGAGCCCAAGUACGCUUGUGCGUACAAGUAUCGUUUUGGAGACUUAAAGAUCAAACAAAGUUGCCGCUUGACAGUCAAGAAGUUUCGACCAACGCGCAAUGAGGAUUGCCUUUGGGAUUACGCUGAGGUCAGAUGCAAGAAUCCCUUGUACUGCUCACGUCAGUGCAAACUGUCGAGUGGCGACCUGAACUUGGACAUGUGCUGCAAGCUGCGCAAGAAAGACUUAGACGAGGCGGCCAACAAUGACAAACAGAUUGACUCUGCCUCGACGACCUUCACCACGACGAGUAUUUUCAGAAGCACUGCCGCGACCACCCGCAACGAAGACGAGGAUGUCGAUGACGAUAUAGGGCUGAUGGCGGACGAGGAAGAUGAAGAUGAGUACGAUUCCUUCUUGAACGAUGUUGUCAACAGCAUUUAUGAAGACAAGGAGAUCGGCCGUUUGGUUGCGCUAAAAGAGCAGUCGAAGUGCGAGAAAGACUUCACCGUUGAGUGCGACGACAUCGGUCUUGAAGCCGACACGAUCGAGCCCGAUUCGGACGAUCCCGUUUCGGACGAUGGCAACGCAGGAGAGAAGGCCAGGCUGGAUCCCCCUCCGAGCGAGGGGUACUUCAUCUUUACAGUCGCAUCAGCUGCUUACGAACAGGAUGGCGAAGCCGAGGGCCUCUGCUCAGGCCAGUCGGAUCGAAAUGCCCUCAAAGGAUCAAAAGUCCCCGAGCUGCUUGCCGCUGGGGCCGCAGUCGGUCUUUGUCUGCUAGAAUGGCACUAUGGCUAUGCAGUCGUGCUGAAAAUGGUCUGGAUUACUCAGUUUUCCCGAAGUGCGCAGGGUGGCAACAUCCAGCUCUGCAGCGGGAUGUCCCCAGGGCUGCAGGCUGAGGACUUUUUCGAUGUUCCCGACGUUGUGGAGAAUGUCGUAGUGGCGAGAAGAGACGUACAACGCGUGCUUCUGCAAUGGAAAGCUCCGCGAGACAACAACCGAUGUAUCACGCGCUACGCGGUCAGCGCCUGGCCAUGGCAGCUGGGCGUAAAAGGAACUGCGGACAUGGACAGCGCGUGCCGGAUCGAGCUACCUGCCGAGGAGGCAGCCUGUGGAGGGAGUGGCGGCGAGGAUGCUAAUUGCGCACACCUCCUUCAGUCCCUUCCUGGUAUGCCAGCCGCCGAAGAUCGGCCGCUGUUGGAUUUCCAGCGCCUGCCAAGGGCAUGCUGGGUCUCCGUGCGAGCUGCCAAUGAGGAAGGAUGGGCAGAAUGGUCACGGCCGAGCCUGGCGUUUUUCCAGGACCAGGUGUUUGGAGAAGGUGGUGGCUCUAUUGAAGAGGCGAAGCAAGGGGCCCGGCUGCUGUCCUGGGGCGCCAGCGAGGAUGGACGCCUUGGCAGAGGCCUUGAAGCAAUCAGCCGGGGUGUCUGUGCUGAGCCGGACGUCGAGCAUCCGCUUGAUCCCUUGCGAUUGUCACUGUUUCAGGUUGAAGAAAGGUGCUUUUCGGCAGAUGAGCAACUGAUCACAGAUGCUUUGUCUAGCAGUGCAGCGGUGGUUCCAGCUGUGAGCUGCGCGGAUCGUCUGUAUGUCUGGGGCACCUUCCUGGCAGAAGAAAGCGCGGAGGAGUGUUCUGCUGCUGGAGAAGAGGAGGUUGAACUGCUUGCCGAGCCAAUGGUGCAACCAACCCCUUUUGCCGUUCAUGAUGUCCGAUGUGGACGUUUUGUGACGACAGUUCUUACAGCAGAGGGCUCCCUGUAUGCUUGGGGUGCGAACGAAGGACAUGGAUGCGGUGUGCCGACGGAUGCUCCUGUUGUCAAGGCCUUGACGCCGCUGAAGGUGCCGGGCAAAGUUCCCGUGGUGCAGGUUGCGCUCGGUGAGUUCCACGGACUUGCGCUGACCGCGGAAGGACGGCUGUUGAGUUGGGGCGAAGCGCAGGGGCCCGAAGUUGGAAUGGCAAGUAUGGCAUUGGAAGACCCAAAGAUCCGCCGUCAUUUGCCAAGCAGCAUAAGCUUCAAGCAGCCGCAGCCUCGCCUGCUCGACAUGCCGCUAGUGAAAGCCAUUGCAGCGGGCGGUUACCAUAGUGCAGCCAUCACAGAAGAUGGGAGGCUGUGGACAUGGGGAAGCAACCGCUACGGCCAGCUUGGCCUUGGUUGCUCACAAAAAGAACUGCCUGAGGCGAACUCGCCGCGACCCGUGCACUUCUUUGGUCUUGAAGGCCACGCGUCGAAGGCCGCGAAGGUGUCACUGGGAGGAAUUCAUUCCGCCGUUGUCGACGAAGAGGGCGCCCUCUUCACCUUCGGCGAUAAUCGGAGAGGUCAGUGCGGGCAAGGUUCAUUAACCCUGCUUGACCAACCCACCGCGCUCCCUUUGCCGGGCCGCUGUGCCGGAGUUGCCUGCGGAGGUUUCUUUACGUUCUUCGAAGUGGAGUCUCAGAGUGGACCCUCGCUGAUGGUCAGCGGCUGGGGCAAGGAGGCUUGUCUUGGCUUUGGCAUGCCCUGCAAGCGGCUGCUGCAGCCCCGGGAACUGAAGCCACCACAAGGCACCCGUUGGCUUUGCGUGCGUGCUGGCGUCGCUCACGUGACCGCGCUAGCCUAUUCCAUGUCCAGCAAGAUGGCUCUCCAUCUCUUCUUCGCCAUUGUCGCGUUUCGUUGUGCAGAAGCCUCUCUUCGAGGAAACCUCCACGCGAACGUGGGAUCCAUGAGCACGGACCAGCUCCGUGAGACGGUAUUGCAGGAGGUGAUGACGGCCCUUGGCAGUGGCAACCGUGUCACCGAGAAGCGUCUCAAAGCCAUCGAGGGUGCCUUGCAGCCCACCUUUCAGGCCAUGCCCAAGAAUGCCUACGGCAACCUGGAAGAUGCUGCAGCGAGGUAUGUCUUGCACCGGCUCUUUGUCCAGCGCCAUGCCAUGUACAUCAAGGGCCUCGAGGCCAACAGCAUGAACUGGAAGAACAUGAGCACCACGGAGGUGCUUGAAGAGCAUGUGCCGUCCUUCGUUCUGUCGCUUUUCGAAGAUCGCUUGAAGGACCAAGGCCUGGGCCUUCACGAGCUGACUGUGCUGGCAGCCACUCUGGAGCACUUGAUCCACGACGAGGCGGUAAAUCGACUUUCUGUUGUGUACGAGGUGCACAACUACUCGAUGGCCGAUCGAGUGCAGGAGGUGGUGCUGCAAGACUUGAUUGACACGUACAUGACUAUUUUCCUCGUUGGGUCGCAGAACUUCACGGCGGCCACGGUCUCGAAAGAGCGUGCCCUGAUCGUCGACAGCUACCCUGGCUGGCACGAGACGCAAAAAUUCACGUCACAAGUGCGCUCGAGUGUGGUUGCUUCAAAGGAUUUGGACUCCGACUUCUCCCCCAACAACUUCUCCUUCCGUGCUGCAACGGAGAUUGUCGAGGAGAUCGGCGAGCGCUAUGGUCGAUGGCAGGAUUCGGAGUGUCGUGACUUGAAGAGUCUGCUUGUCAAGUAUGAGCACGCCGGAACUGGACGCGUUCUAUUGAAGGACUUCUAUGGUGCGGCGCUGGAUGGUCAGUGGCAGUUCUCGGAGAGCAUCGACUAUUUGCGUGAGCUAGAAGCAUUGGACGAGUCAGAUCCAUCCAAUCUGGCGGUGUUCAUUCCAAACUAUGUCAACUCUCACUCGAACUGCGUGGCAUCAUCCAGUAUUUACUCGGUGUGCUGCAUCAACGAGUGCGAGGCAUUGCUGGGGCACCUUGAAGCCAAAGUGGCUGCACCAGAGGCCGCGCCCGAACAGAUCUUGGACCUCGUGGCCGCAUUGCCCUCUGCUACCAUCCGUGCUCCACGAGA